UUUGUGUUUGUUGGUAGUUUGUACCAAGAUUCAAGAUUUUUUACUUCAAUCAAAUUAAUCAUUAAUCAAUCUCAAAAUCCAUAAUAUUUAAAUUGUCCCAACAAGAACCGACUUUUUGUGUGAGAUCGAGGCGAGAUGCGACAGGGAUAGAUUAACUUAGGAGAGAUUAGAGAAUUAAUAGUGCAAAGUGAAUUCCUUCAUAUUCCUUGUCACUCAUCAUAUCAAAUAUCAAUAUUGUCACUACAGUGAGUAGGCUAGUUGUUAUCACUUUAGUGCGGCCUCUCUGUUGCUCUGUCGUCUAAGCUAAGCUCUAAGUAAUUAAAUGGGUAGCCAACAGUUAUACAGCCUGUCAUGGGGAGAGUUUGGAACAUCACUUACAUCUACAGUACAGAUUCUUCGAGGUCAUGGAGAGAUGGUAGAUGUGACUUUGGCAGCAGGAGGAAGAAUAUUCCCAGCCCACAAGCUAGUGUUGAGUGCUGCUAGUCCUUUGCUCAUGGAACUGUUGAAGAGCACUCAUUGCCACCAUCCAGUUGUUAUGCUUGCAGGAAUCACUGCUCCUGAUUUAGAAGCUCUUCUACAGUUUGUGUAUCAGGGAGAGGUAAGUGUUGACCCUAGUCAACUUCCAUCACUACUUCAGGCUGCCCAUUGUCUCGACAUUCAGGCUCUCUCUCCUCAAACACUCACAACUGAAAAAACCAUGGCUCAGAUCUCAGUUCCGGUAGUGAUGGGGGACACAUCCAUGGCACCCAUGUCUCGAGAAACAUCCAUGACUAGUCCAUUGCUGCCUCACCGCAAGAGGAAGCGCAGGCAAAAUCGAGCAAGUGAGACAGAGCGAGAAUCGCAUUGGACGAACGUGAGUGUUGGCAAUGUCGCUGUAGAAUCACAGACUAUGGAAGGAUCUGCGAUACAAGACUCGGGUGAUGACUCUAUGAAGGAUGAAAUCAUUGAUGAACAGCAUUGCAACGGAGAACCAGGAUCGACCAAGAAGCUAGUAUCAGAUUUACCUGUUGAAUGCACUGUCUGCGGAGUGACGUUGCGUCAAUCGCGGAACCUCAGACGACAUAUGGAGCUUAUACAUCUCAAGGUAGAAAAUGGUGGUAAACAGAGAAAAGUGCAGAUAAAAGAUGAAACAAAGAAGCCAGAAGACGAAGGUACGGUGUCGGUCCAGACUGUACAGACAUUGACGGAGGUGGUGAGUCCGAUGGAGCAGACAACGGUGAACAGCUCAGCUGGUCCGUCUAGAAUGGCUACAGCACAGACUAAUGUACUCGGCUCCCCACCAAUGUACCACAGCCACAACAGCCACACCCACACACACACACACAGUAGCACUCAAUGUGAUCAACUGCAGUACAGUCAGCUGCAGUUCUCCCAACCACAACAGCCUCAACAACAACCGCAGCAGUCCCCGGACGUGUACAGACACCAGCAACUGCUGCGUAGUGCAGGACUGUACGCUGACACUAGGGAGCAGCACUGCGCCACCGAGUGACCUCCAAUAGCGCACUGAACCAACAGUUGUGUAUCUCAGGUAAUGACUCUGUGAAGAGUAAAACUCAAAACACACCACUGAGGCAGUUCUGUAUGUUGAAUGUUAUGUUCAUUGACUUGGUGGUACAGUAGACCUCUCAUAACCGACCUAGGAUUCACCACCUUUUAAGUUAACCAUCUUUGCACUGGCAAAAACUUUUGUUCAAGUUGUAAUAUUAUGGAAUUUAACCUUAAAUCUGUGCCAAACAUCAAAUUGACUUAAAACAUUUGGAGAUUAAAAUAACUUAAUUCACCUUAACACUUUUUGGGAAUAACUAAAUAUUAAAAAGAUUUUCUCUAAGUGCUUUCAGUUUAAGUUGUUAACAUUUUUCUAAAGAAAGGUCAAUAUUUUAUUCCAAGUCUGUCAUCUGUAUCGCCUGACAUUUAGUUUAGAUAUUCGGUAAACAUAUUUCGGUCAAAAAUUUGAUCUUUCCAUAUUCUUAAUUAUAAAGACGGUCAUUUUCUGUCUUUAUUGUUAUCCCAUAGCUUGUCAUUUAGAAAUUAAAUUAUUUAACAAUUUUGUUACAUAAUAACUGAUCUUGAUUUGUUAUAAGGGUCUACUCUCUGUCCCAACCAUCACCUUGUUAACAUGUCAAUAAGUUUAAUGUUGAAUAACAUUUUAAAAUAUUUCAUGUACCAAUUAUAGCUUUAUUAGUAGAAAUAGGAAUUUUUAUUGUCAAAAUAUAUUUAGACAUUUAAAUAAAUACUAAUACUCAGUAAUUGUGUAGUUACUUAGAUAUUGUAACAUGUAUUAUUAGGUAAGAUAAUCAAUUGCAUCAUAUCAAUUAUUUGAUUUUUUGCAUUAUUUGUUCAUGGCUAACACAUUAUUUGAUUGAAAACAAGGCUUUUUGGUGCAUUUUUACCAAUGAUAUAAUUUUAAACGUUUUGUUUUGGUUCUGAAACAAACUCAAAUAGUGCCACAAAUAUUAACACAUACAAUUUGUUAUUUUGAGUUAAUGAUAAAACCAUAGAUAAAAAAAUACUCCCUUAGUAGAUUUCCCAUCCUUAUAGAACAGCUGAAGCCAAUUUUGUUGUUAGUUCUGUCCAGUGUAAUGUAGAGUCGUGUUUUGUUUACAAUUUGUUUCUAUUAUUUUAGGGUUAGUUUCGCAUGAUUUUUGCCUCACUGUGUGGUUAUAUAGCUGGUGGACAAGUCAUUGUUUGUGAUUAGAUAGUUUUAUUUGGUUAAAAGAGGUUUUAGAUUACUGAAAUAGCAAGAAACAAAUCGUAAACAAAACACGACUCUACAGUACACCGGACAGAACUAACAGUAAAAUUGGCUUCAGCUCUUCUAUAAGGAUGGGAAAUCUACUAAGGGAGUAUGUUUUAUCUAUGAUAAAACAAAGAACACACUGAAUAAAUUUACAUUAACUUUUAUAAAUCAUAGAAGAAGUAUUCCAACUCACGACAGCUUAAAUUAAUCCUAAAACUCUAAAGCUAAAACAUAGGCAUUGAUUUGAUAUUCUUGCGUUUACAUUUAGCCUAUGUAAUUGUAAUUUAUUGGAACUGCAGUUUCUUAUCCGCAUGCAUCAUAAUUUGUGUGCAUUGUAUUCAAAUGUCUUCCUCAUAUAUUUAUAAGUAAAUUAUUAUAUUUCAUAUAAAAUAGAGCCAAGGUUGUGGUUAUAUAUAUUAUGUAAUAUGUAUGAUAUUUUUGCAUAUUUGUAGAGUUUUUUGAAGUUUUAUAUUUUUGUUAGUUGUUUGUUAAACAUGUUAUGCUAUUUUGCUGCACAGAAAUAAAAGUUGAGUUAGCCUAUAUGAAAUUCCUGUUUAGUAGAUUAUUUUUAUAUAGUUUGUAUUUUAACUUUUUGAGUAUUUUCUAACUAUUUGUCAAGUAAAAAGUUAAUUAAAAUAUUUUCUUUUCUCGUAUUUAUCAUAUUAAUGCUGCUUCAGUUAUUCUCUUAUGAUCUUUUAUCUUUAAUCAGUCCCCAAUUUAAGAAUGAUAUAAAACAUUUGACUUAAAAACAUGUGUUUAUGUACUCUUUUCAGACACUGUAUAAAUAAUACUAAAUUCAAACUGUUGUCUUACUAAAAGUGAUGGGUCGGUACUUCACGUCAAACGUCGGUUCUAGUAUGGCUAUGGUAGAUGUGGUAGAUGAGCUAUAGUAUACCGUAAAUAUAAAAGAACAAAAUGUUCUCAAACCUUAUCCUUUCCCAUUGCAAACGCUAAGCACGAGUAUAACUGCAAUAAGCAUUUUAUACUUAUAUGACAACCCCGUACAAAGAGUGGAUACUGUGCUAGUAUUUUUAUAUUUAUGAUCUACUUUGUUACAAUUUACUUAGGUAGCAAAUCUGUGAUACACUUUUUGUUAACUAGUGCAUUUUUUAUUCACCCAAUAAGAAGCUAUAAUUUUUAUUCAAAAAUCUCAAUCGAAUGUUGUUGAACAUUAUGUUAUCAAUUGCAAUUUCAACCUGUACUAAGAGCAUAAAAUUGCCAUCAAUUCAUAAAAUAAAGUGUAAAGAGUUGAAUUAAACUGAAUUGUUAUAAACUUUUUUAUAUUUUUGAUUCGGUAAGCUAUUUGUAUUUUAAUACAAUACAUACAAGUUCUGUUUACUUUUAUUAGUUAUUUGUUCAAGUUGAUUACUUACUUAAUAAAUCCCAUUUAAAUAACCCAAUUUUCAACGAUGCCCUUGUAUGGCAUAAUAUUGAAACAUAAAAUAUGUAAUAUAGUUUACACAUAAAUUAACAACGUUUUUAAUGUAAAAUAAUUUUAUCUUAUUAGUGAACAGCAAUAUAAAAGUGUGUUAGUGAUAGUAGACAUGUGUCUGUUGUACAUUUUCCAUUCACCAUUUGAGUUUUCUACAAUGGAAUCACUGUUACAGCAAAUAAAUGAUUUAGUGUAAAAUGUCUACUUAUACCUGAUAACGUAAGGCGGUAAUAAAAUUACCUGA